AUGCAUUGUGAUCCACCAUUGAAUCCGUACCAGCACAUGGUGCAUGAUGCGUGGGGACAAUCAGGUGCUCACGAGCAUUGGCAGUAUGUUCUGCCUACAUACAUGCCAGAGCCCCCAUUCAAUGAGUCGCAGCAGUUCUAUAAUUUGUUAGAAGCGUCUAAGUCUGAUUUGUGGGAUGGGUGUGAUUAUUCUGAGCUGUCAACAAAUGCUCGAAUAAUGACUAUGAAAUCUGAACAUCGAAUGUCUCAGCGAGCUGUUGACGAAUUGUGUCAGUUUAUGGAGGAGCGUUUGCCAAAGCCAAAUCGUAUGCCUAACAGUUUCUACAAGUGCAAGAAACAAAUGCAGACUUUAGAUAUGCCCCAUCUGAAGAUACAUUGUUGCAAGAAAGGAUGCAUGAUCUAUUGGAGAGAAGACGAGAAUAGGACCGAAUGCAAAGUUUGUGGUCAGGCUAGAUUCAAGGAUAAUGGUAGGAGUCCAUUCAAGAAGAUGUAUUAUUUUCCUCUGGGCCCAAGAUUAAGACGAUUAUAUGCGUCUGAAGUUACAGCUCAAUCCAUGCGAUGGCACGCAGAGCACGCCCAGACUCCAGGAGAGAUGCGCCAUCCAGCUGAUUCUAUAGCCUGGAAAACUUUCGACAAGUCACAUCCCUUAUUUGCUUCUGAAUCAAGAAAUGUCAGGUUGGCACUUAGCACAGAUGGAUUUCAGCCAUUCGGCCAAAGUGGUUCACAAUACUCAUUAUGGCCGGUAAUUUUAACUCCAUACAAUUUGCCGCCGUGGAUGUGCAUGAAAGAUCCAUACAUGUUUCUCACUGUGAUCGUGCCAGGUCCGAAGAGUCCAAAACAGAAAAUUGAUGUAUUUCUACAACCCUUGAUUGCAGAGCUCAACGAUUUAUGGGCUGAAGGAAUUCCAGCAUACGAUAUAUCUAGAAAACAAAACUUCCAGUUGCGUGCAGCACUGAUGUGGACUAUCAGCGACUUCCCCGCAUAUUCAAUGUUAUCAGGAUGGAGUACAUCUGGGCACCGUGCAUGUCCGUAUUGUAUGGAGGACUCACAAGCUUUUUCCUUGAAGCAUGGACGGAAAACUACUUGGUUUGAUUGUCACAGGAGGUUUCUCAAUAGAAAUCACCGGUUCCGCAGAGAUAAAAAGAAUUUCAUAAAGAACAGAACCGAACAUUCCGGUCCUCCUUCGAUCUUAAACGGAGAACAGAUACUUGAUAACUUGGAACAAUUUGAGUACAAGAGAGUGUUUGAUGAAGGUGCAGAAACAGCAAACUCCGAGUUGAGCAAGAUUUUUGGAUGGAAUAAACGAAGCAUAUUUUGGGAUCUUCCGUAUUGGAAGACAAAUGUGAUUCGUCACAAUCUGGAUGUCAUGCACAUAGAAAAAAAUGUUUUUGACAAUAUCUUUAAUACCAUCAUGAAUGUGGAAGGCAAGACAAAAGAUAAUGCUAAUGCAAGAAGAGAUUUGGAAGAACUUGGUAUACGGCCUGAACUUUGGCCAUGUGAUGGGAAAUAUCACAAGGCUAAUUUCACACUUGAUAAAGAAAGUAUGAAAUUAUUGCUCAAGUGGCUCAACAUUUUGAAAUUCCCAGAUGGUUAUGUUUCUAACUUGUCAAGAUGCAUUGAUAUGAAGAAACAUAAGUUGUACGGUAUGAAAAGCCACGACUGUCAUGUGUUUAUGCAACGAUUGCUACCAAUUGGACUUCGUGAGUUACUUCCACACGAUGUAUGGGAGCCUCUGACAGAGUUGAGCAAUUUCUUUAGAGAUCUUACUGCUACAGUGUAUUGCCUCCUUACAAUAUUCUAUAGAAUGAUACUCUGA